CCAUACACUCACUCGUACACCCACACAGGUUUUCGCUUACCCACGCCUACAUGAGUUCCUUAGACAUCAAUCGAAGGGCUCCGUUUGCGCACCGCAAUCAGACAGACACACAGACAGACAGACAGAGGGCACACCGAAUGAACCAAAUUCUUCUCCAGAGGCACAGCUCACAUCACAUGCACUCAUCCAUCCCUUCCUUCCUCCCUCGCAUGUGCGAGACCGAUAAGCCAAUCACAUCCAUCCAUCCAUCCAUCCAUCCACAGGUGCAUCCCAUUCCCCCUCACGAAGUUGCUUCCCUGAGGAGCCGCUUCUUCUCAACUCGGUACCUCACGGCCAGCCUCUCACGUUGACUCGCCCUCGGCUCACUGCGGGUCGAUAUCGCCCGGAUGUUUUGACUCCCUGACGCACCGGCAUCGAGCUCCGUCAGGUCUUGCUCGAGUGUGGUGGGCAGCUUGGACAGCUCCGUGGCCGCUGCAGCCCGCAGCACCACCGAUGCUCUCCGCUCGUUGGACUCAGACACCUCCUCACCGAACCUCUGGAUGAAAGAAAGCCAUUGAAACAGACGCACACACACAGGGAGAGAGAGAGGGUGGCUGCCUCCUUGUUUGUUUGCGUGCCUGAAGCGGCAGGUUUGUUUCUUGGUCUCCGUGUGCGACGAGGAAGCGAAUGAGCUGCUGCGACCCGCUGUCGAAACACGCCCUCCCACCCACACGCCUCUCUAUCACCAACUGCACACACAACAAUCCAUCCCACGAUGGAUAUGGAUGAAUGGAUAUUUGUCCCUCUCCUGCUGACCGUCCUGAGCAUGUCGACGUAUCCCUGCUGCUGCAGCUGCUGCAGCCGCUUCAGCAGCCUCUCCGCCAGCCGCUCGGACCCGUCGUCCUUAGUGGCGAAGAACUCAUCAUCGCCAUUGUUUGCGGCCAUGGCUCUCAGUUGGCUGAUGCACUGGGGGUCUCGGAGGGUUUUGAUGAUGUCGAUGACGUAGGUGUCGUGCGGAUUGCCCUCCUCAAUGAAGCCGUAUUGCUGCAGCAGCUGGUCGUUGCUCCGCGCACCGUAGCUACAUGCACCCACACACACAAAAAGACCCGUAGAGUAGAGUGAGUGAUUUUUGUGGCUGAUUGAUUCACUUCACUGUCACUGACUUGAGGCAGAUCUGUUCGUUGGGAGACUUGCCUUCGGCGGCGGGCACUUCGAAUUGACCCAUCAGACCAUUGAAUUCGACAGUUGUCUGCGGGCAGCCGGACACGCGAUAUCACCCACUGCUGAGGACGGCCCUUUGCCUGUCUGUCUGUCUGUCUGUCUGCCAGCAGCGUGUCAGUCAGUAUAGGCAGACGUCGGCUUGCCUCUGUGUGUGAGGAGUGGUUCAAGAGAUCGAUGCCUGGGAUGAGGAAGCGACUCCCGCCCUGACGCUGGAACACUCGCCAAGCAUUCCAAGCCUGCAAACACACACACAGACGGAGCGUGAUUACGCCAAGGCACACACAGUAUGGUGGGCCCCCCUGGCCUACAAAGAUUGAGAAGAAGAUUGCGGCGAGUGUGUUGAGGCCAACCGAGAGCCACUCAGGUGUAUCCAACACAGAAGACAGCAGCUUCUCGGCCACCGAGAAGCCGACCACCGAUGGCAGAAAGCGAAAGUCGUAGAGGGCCUCUGAAGUGGCGAUACUACGCGACCGCACCACGUCCAGAGCCCAGAAGAAGUCAUCCUCUGAGAUGUCGACAGUCUCUCUGCCCGCCGCUCUCGCCUCCAGCAUGGCAGCCCUCAGCUUCCGAUACCCAUCUCUCCACUUCUGCUGCUGUGCGCGGAGCCGCUGCUGAAUGUAGGGGCACUGCAAAGCGGCGAUCUCGCUCUCCUGCCAGAAGAAGGGCACGGUGGUCUGGCCGCUCUUGGGCAGCAGGCUGAUCCAGCUGCUGAAGUCCGACGCCUCUCCCUGCCUCUUCUCAUAGAGGAGCGUCAGAGCCAUCCGCACGUCCCACGGUGCCUCGCCACAGUAGCCGUCAGACAGGAAGGGGAACGGAUUGGCGUCCGCCCUGGCGCCCUUGCUCGUCGACGAGAGAGCCUCCAGCGUCUGGUACUUGGGCACGCCCAGCAUGAUCUCGCCGGCCUUGACCGUAUCCGUCGCAAUAAGGCCGCGCACCGCACCCUCGGCCAUGGCAAACUCGCCCAGCGCCACUGCUGGGUGCCGAAACAAGCCCAGAUCCGCGGAAAGCUGGUCGAGAUCUGGGCUGCUGAUUCGCCUUGCAGCAGGUGUGGCUUCGGAAUGGGCUGGAUGAUGAGUCGCCAACGUCGCGGCCGGCUCCAUCUUGGUGUCUGAGGCGGCCAUCGGCAUCUUGGUGCGUGCUUCAUUGCGAGAAGACGAUGUGAGUUGCGGCCUUGGCAGAGCGAGAUCAGCAUUCAGGAAGGGAUGGUGGUCGUGGCCAAUCGAUAACGUGCCGCGGACGAGGGCGAGGGACGCCAGAAGGGCAAAGGAUAUGAGAGUCCUCGUCGUGAUCAUGAGUAGUUUUCGGCCAGGACGGGUUGGGCUGAUGAAGAUCCAGUCAGGAACAAGCACUGCGUCGCUUCCCUUGCUUUCUCUCCCCCGAUCCCGUGUGCG